AUGGCUCAUAACGAUAACGAAGCUGUAUAUCUGAGAGUUCAUCUAUACUACAAUGGUAUAUUUGUUCGACAUCCUUCUGGGUAUGUUGGUGGGAAUAACUUCCUCUUCACUGAUGUUGAUUGGGCAGUGAUUCAUCCCAUUGUAGAUGAUUUGGAUUUUGCCUUGUUUAUAGAUAGCGGGUAUGAAUACCUGGAAAUUUCAUUUUAUAUUGAUCAUAAUGGGAAUGGGUUGGAGGAACGGUGUGAUGAUGAUAUGAAUAUGGUUGUUAGCAAGGAUAAUGAAAGUGUCCUUGAAGAUGAUGGUGUACCUAGAAAAGAAGAAAACACUGUCCCUGAUGAUGCAACCCAUCCCAAUGUAGGUCUUGAAGAUGAAGUAAUUGACAUUGAUAAAAUACCUUUGAACAAGACGAAUAGGUUUGAGAAUCUUAGUAAGUUAAGUCCUCUAGAAGGUGAUACUGGUGACAAUGAAGUUGAAGAAGAAGAGGUUGAGAUCAUUUCCAUUUUUAACCCUGAUAUGCAAUGGAAGAGGCAAGUACCUGUUCUUAGGAUGAAAUUUAAAAGUCCAAAGCAGUUGAAAAAUAUGUUAUGUAACUAUGUUGUGGCAAAUGGAUACCAAUUAUUCUUUAAUAAGAAUGAUAGUAAAAGGUUGUUGGUGGUGUUUUGCAAAGGAGCUUUCCCAUUCAGGUUAUGGGCUACAUAG